AUGGGUCGACGACCUGCGAAGUGCUACCGCUACAACAAGAACAAGCCCUACCCCAAGACCCGCUACUGCCGUGGCGUGCCGGACCCCAAGAUCCGCAUCUUCGAUGUCGGAAAGAAGAAGAUGCCUUGCGAUGAGUUCCCAGCGGCAGCGCAUUUGGUUUGCGAUGAGGAUCAGCAGCUGACCUCGGAGGCACUUGAGGCGGCCCGUAUCGCGGUGAACAAGUACAUGGUGACCAAUGCUGGCAAGGAUUUCUUCCACAUUCGCAUCCGCCCUCAUCCCUUCAACGUCCUGCGUAUCAACAAGACCUUGUCCUGCGCCGGUGCGGACCGCCUCUCGAGCGGCAUGCGCGGCGCCUUCGGCAAGCCCUACGGCACCGCCGCGCGCGUGGACAUCGGACAGGUGUUGAUCUCCCUGCGCACCAAGGACUGGAGAUCUCGGGAGCGGAAGCGAAGGGAGAAAAAAGAGUGUCAGUGGUUUUUGUUUGUUUUUGGCUUUGGUCAGAUUGGAACAAACAAGGUACAUCAAUAG